AUGGCGUCUUUCUUGCUCAGGAGCUGGCACCACCGGGGGCCUGCUCACCUCGGGCCGCCCCAAGCCGCCUCCCCGCUGGGUUGUCUGAGAGAUCAGGCUUGUCUCAGUUGUACCAGGACCCUGGGGCUGAGAAGCCACGAGAAUGUUCUGUCUCGCUGUUGUGCUUCAGCCAACCCUGUGUACCUCUGCUUCAAAGGUGAGCCCCUCAGGUGUUGGACUCAGAAGCCUGAGUGCGAGGGCACCAGAGCAAGGGCCACAUGGACACCGGCCUGUGCAAGGUUGGUUGUUACAGGACCUCAGUGCCUUCCUGUGCGUGGCUGGCACUCGUCACCCCUGCGAGGAGAGAACUCUGUGAUAGAGAAGUCCCUCAAGUCCUUAAAAAACAAGAAUAAGAAGCUGGAGGAGGGUGGCCCUGUGUACAAUCCGCCAGCGGAAGUGACAGUGAAGAAGUCCCUUGGGCAGAAGGUACUGGAUGAGCUGAAGCACUAUUACCAUGGCUUCCGCCUGCUCUGGAUCGACACCAAGAUAGCUGCCCGCAUGUUGUGGCGCAUCCUCAAUGGCCACACACUGACCCGCCGGGAACGCAGGCAGUUUCUUCGGAUUUGUGCGGACCUCUUCCGCCUGGUGCCAUUCCUGGUGUUUGUGGUGGUGCCUUUCAUGGAAUUCCUGCUGCCUGUGGUGCUGAAGCUCUUCCCCAACAUGCUGCCGUCCACAUUUGAGACCCAGUCCGUCAAGGAGGAAAGGAUGAAGAAGGAGCUUCGCGUGAAACUGGAGCUAGCCAAAUUUCUCCAGGACACCGUAGAGGAGAUGGCCCUGAAGAACAAGGCAGCCAAAGGGAAUGCCACCAAAGAUUUCUCUGCAUUUUUCCAGAAGAUCCGAAAGACAGGAGAGAGGCCCAGCAAUGAGGAAAUCAUGCGGUUUUCCAAAUUAUUUGAGGAUGAGCUGACCCUGGAUAAGCUCACGAGGCCACAGCUGGUGGCGCUGUGCAAGCUGCUGGAGCUUCAAUCCAUCGGCACCAACAACUUGCUGCGCUUCCAGCUCACCAUGCGCCUGAGAUCCAUAAAGGCUGAUGACAAACUGAUCGCUGAGGAAGGCGUCAAUAGCCUGACUGUGAAGGAGUUGCAGUCAGCAUGUCGAGCACGAGGCAUGCGAGCGCUCGGAGUCACAGAAGACCGUCUGAGGGGCCAGCUAAAGCAGUGGCUGGACUUGCACCUGCAUCACGAGAUCCCCACAUCACUGCUCAUACUGUCCCGGGCCAUGUACCUUCCGGACACCCUCUCCCCUGCGGACCAGCUCAAGUCCACCUUGCAGACCCUUCCAGAAACCGUGGCAAAGGAAGCCCAGGUGAAAGCGGCAGAGGUGGAGGGCGAACAGGUGGACAACAAGGUGAAGCUGGAGGCCACGCUGCAGGAAGAGGCCGCCAUCCAACAGGAACACCUGGAAGAGGUACAGAGGUCUGCAGAGGCCCUAAAGGCUACCCGGCCUGAAGUAGCAGACAUCACAGUCCCUGGGAGGCCAGGGGGCAAGCUUCAGCCAGAGGUGCCUGAUGUGAUCCUGCCCACAGAGGCAUUGAAGGAUACGGCACCCGUGCUGGGAGGUCUGAAGGGAGAAGAGAUAACGAAGGAUGAAAUUGACAUCCUCAGUGAUGCCUGCUCGAAGCUGAAGGAGCAGAAAAAGUCCCUGGCCAAGGAGAAAGAGGAGCUGGAGCUUCUGAAAGAGGAUGUCCGGGAUUAUAGUGAGGAUUUACAGGAAAUCAAGAGAGAACUUUCCAAGUCCGGUAAUGAGAAAUCCAUACAAGAAUCCAAAGCCAGCCAGAGGCUGACAAAACGAGUCCAGCAGAUGAUCAGGCAGAUCAAUGGCCUAAUUACACAGCUGGAGACCAGUCAACAGACUGGCAAGCGGCGCCCUGAUGAAAGUGCUCCGACACGGGAGAACGUCAUCCGAGUCAGUGAGUUCAUCAGAGCCAUGGAGCAAAUCAAGCAGGUUCCGGAACACAAGCUCAUCAGUUUGGCCUCAGCCUUGGAUGAAAAGAAGGAUGGCAAUAUCAACAUCGAUGACCUUGUCAAGGUCAUCAGUUUGGUGGACAGAGAGGAUGUUCAGAUCUCUACCAGGCAGGUGGCAGAAAUUGUGGCCACACUAGAGAAGGAGAAAAAGGUGGAAGCGAAGGAAAGGGCCAAGGACAAGGCUAAGAAAGAGGCCGCAGAAGUGAGGAGUUAG